AUACUAUGCAAUCAAAAACAUGUUCGUUAAUUUUAAAAGAUUAACACAUGUGAUAGAUAUUAUGACUUAUAUAAGUUAUUCUUAAAAUAAAACAAUCGUAAUUACUUUUAAGAAAUUAUGAAGAGAUUCAGAAUUCAUGAAAAAUCAAUACAAAUUAAAAAAGUAAUUAUGGAUGAAGAAAUGCAAAUGGACGUUAUAAGCACUGUCAUUGCAGCAUUGCAUAUGUAUGGAAAUGAAUAUACAAAAAUGAAAAAGUUUAUAGAAAACAAACUGAAUAAACGUUAUCUUCCUACAUGGCAUUAUAUAACUGGUUAUGAUGUGGAUAGGUUACUCAUUACUAAUGCCUGUUCAAUACUUCAUUUCAUUCAAAUGUGAAGAGAAGAAUGUUACUGUUUUUAAAACAAUCUAAAUAUAAUAUAAUUACAAACAUUCA